UGAUACGGACCAGUGUUGUCAUUGGGAGAAGCCCUGUCCGCCGCCCCCCGCCCCCCCCUCGCUGGGCCCCCGCGCUCAGCCGCGCACAGUUCAGUCGGGCUGAGAGAGGAAUGCGCUGGGAUGCGGAGCAGCAGCCACUGUAGGAAAUCCACGGGAAAACUCGCACGCUAUGGACAGUAAUGAUCCAUAUUUACACCUCAUGAUGCCCCCUCCUCACCAUCCCAUUCUCCACGCCGGCCCUUCCGUUCCUGGCUGUCCUCUCCUGAAAAGUGGUUGAUCGAGUGUCCACUGAAUCCACACUCGAGGCUGACUUCUAGGCCCGAGCGACUGGCGUUCUGCCAGUGCCAAACUUGAAACCGAAGGCAUGUGGCACCCCGUGACAUCACCUACAACUGGAGGCAGCCCUGGGAGGGACACUGGCUAUGGUCACUAUUCUACGGGGCCAAUGAAUGCAGCCCACAGCCAUCCUCCUAUGGGCAUGGUGGGCCACCCGUCCGUCAUCAGCACCUCCAGGCCAUUACCGUCCCCCAUGUCCGCCUUGGGCUCGCCGAUGAAUGGCCUGGCAUCGCCCUAUCCAGUCAUCACGUCAUCUCUCGGGUCGCCUUCAGUAUCUCUGCAGUCUACGCCCAACAUGAACUUUGGACCGCUCAGUAGUCCACAGAUGAACUCUAUGAACAGCGUAAGCAGCUCCGAGGACAUCAAGCCUCCGCCGGGCCUACAGAAUCUAGGAAACAUCAACUACCAAUGUACGAGCCCCGGGGGGAUGUCAAAACACAUCUGCGCAAUUUGUGGGGAUCGCUCCUCAGGAAAACACUAUGGUGUGUACAGCUGCGAAGGUUGCAAAGGCUUCUUCAAGAGGACUGUUCGCAAAGAUCUCACCUACACAUGUCGAGACAACAAGGAGUGCCUGAUUGACAAGCGUCAGCGAAACCGCUGCCAGUACUGUCGCUACCAGAAGUGCCUGGCCAUGGGCAUGAAGAGAGAAGAAUCAGAACGAAACAUGGAGAAGCAGCAUUCAGCUUUUAUGCUUCACAGAUCUGGAACAAACUUCCAGAAAACUGCAGGAACGCUGAAACCCUCAGUUCCUUUAAAUCAAGCUGUGCAGGAAGAGAGGCAGCGAGGUAAGGAGCGUGGGGAGAAUGAAGUCGAGUCAACCAGCAGUUUCAAUGAUGAAAUGCCCGUGGAGAAGAUCCUGGAUGCUGAGUUGGCCGUCGAGCCCAAAACAGAGACGUACAGCGACGGCAGUCCUGGGAACUCUACCAACGACCCCGUCACCAAUAUCUGCCAAGCAGCAGACAAGCAGCUCUUCACCUUGGUGGAGUGGGCCAAAAGGAUCCCGCACUUCUCCGAACUCCCCCUCGAUGACCAGGUCAUCCUACUACGGGCAGGCUGGAACGAGCUGCUCAUCGCUUCUUUCUCACAUCGCUCAGUCACGGUUAAGGACGGCAUUCUUCUGGCAACAGGGCUUCACGUUCACAGAAGCAGCGCCCACAGUGCCGGAGUGGGGUCCAUCUUUGACAGAGUUCUGACAGAGUUGGUUUCUAAAAUGAAAGACAUGCAGAUGGAUAAGACAGAACUCGGCUGCCUGCGAGCUAUCGUCCUCUUCAACCCAGAUGCAAAAGGUUUGUCAAACCCAUCAGAGGUGGAGGGGCUUAGAGAAAAAGUUUACGCCUCAUUGGAAGCGUAUACAAAACAGAAGUACCCAGACCAGCCUGGCAGAUUUGCCAAACUGCUGCUCCGCCUGCCGGCCCUGCGCUCCAUCGGCCUCAAGUGCCUGGAGCACCUGUUCUUCUUCAAGUUAAUUGGGGACACGCCCAUCGACACCUUCCUGAUGGAGAUGCUGGAGGCUCCCCAUCAGAUCACAUGACACCAGUCCUCCCCUCCCUCCUGUAUAUACUCCCACAUUGUGAGCGAUAUGAAGAUGAAAUAAAUAGACUUGAUUGAAAUUGUACAACAACUUAUUUUGUACCAGGCAAAAAAAAUAUAUAAUUAAAAUGGAAAAAAAAUAUUUUGUGGUUGUGGGGAGAGUACACAGUCAAAACAAAUUCUAACAGAGUUCUUAACAGAUUUUGUAAAUAGAUUUCAAUAAAUUUCAACUGUUCAUUUUAAAAGCAAGUCAAUGCAAUUUUCAAAAGGAAUCAUAUUUUGUUCAAAGGAGUUGUAUAAAAGCAGAAACCAUCCCUGCAUUUCAUAAAAAAAACACACAUUAAGAGUUCUUACAGAAUAAAGCUAUUUAAAAUGUAA